CAAUAGAUACAUAGGGACGACAUAAGUUUUGCAACUGAAUUCGCCUGUAAUAGGAAAGUUUAUAUAGUUUAUUAUUAUUAUUAUUAACUCUUAGCGCUGCGACCUCGUCUCCUCAGCUGGUAUUGUUUAUCUUGUGACAGAGGCAUCAAAGGGAUUUUGCCACCUACGGUCUAGUUUUCAUUGUUUAGGUGAUUGAAAACAUAUUACAGCGUAACAAAGACGAAUUCUUUCGGUGAGGUUGUGUUGGCAUCAUUGUUUCUUUUUUUUCUAUCCCUAAAGUAGGUAUUUGGAUGAGAGCGACGUCAAGCUCCUACAUGAAGUUCAAACCGCUUCUUUUCAUCCUUGUUCUGUUGCUUUUUAUCGGCAAUUCUGUCGUCGCAUCUCCUCCAGACGAUGAGACCACAAGACUUCUCCUUUCUGCUGGCGAUAAGGCCAUGAGUGGGGGUCGUGAGCACUACCGAGAGGCGCUUGCAAAGUACACGGAGGCACACGUGCGCAGUCCUCGUAGUGAGCGAGCCUUGUACAGUCGUGCCCAGCUUCUUGCCUUGUUGGGUGAAUACAAGGCGGCGUUGGUCGAUCUAGAUGCCUUGCUCGAGCAAUCACCAAAGCAUCUUCAGGGUCUGAUCCUGCGCGUAUCGCUUAAUGUGCAGCGUGGGGCGUUGGAGGCUGCCCUUUUGGAUUCCGCCAAGCUUGUGAAGGUCUACGAUUUGUUGGGCAAGGUAGAUAAGCGAAGAGAGGUACAAAGCCAAAUGGUUAAGCUCAAGCACUACUACAAUCGGUGGCAAUCGCUAUCUGAUAUAAUGGAAGCCCCAUUAAUAGACUAUCAACCCACCGUUCAAAAUACUGGGAUGCGGCGUCGGUAUGAGGAAUGUGUAGAGUUGCUAGAGCACAUUAUUCGUGAUUUUGCAAUGGAUAGCUUAAACCUUCGGUUGCGUCGUGCAUCAUGCGCGCUGGCGGCUGGGGAUAAUCAAGUCGUUAGCAAUGAGGUCAGGCGUGUGUUAGCACGUGAUUCUCAGAGUCUUGUGGCGAUCGUGCUGAAUGCCAAAGCUCUGCGGGGCCUAGGAUCCCUUGAUCAAUGCAGAUCAGAGCUACGCCGCUGUCUAUCCAUCAAUCCGGAGUUCGCCCCCUGCGCAAAGCUAAACCGUCUUGUCCGUAACCAGCAGAAGCAUGCUGAGAACAUCGCUCGCUCGAUAUCUGAGAAGAAUUUCAAUCGGGCCGUAUCAGAGAUCACCGCUGCAAUGAAGGAGGAAGAGCACCCGCCGAAUGAGGAGCAGCUGAGUGCAUGGCUCUGCAAGGCCUACGUCGGGCUACUGGAUACGGUGAAGGGCCAUCAGGAGUGCGGGAGGGCGCUAAAGCUUCUUGGCGAUACGAGCCCGGCGGCCGCCGAUGUACAUUUAGAUCUGGCGGAGCUUUUUUUGAUGGAGGAUGAUCUAGAUAAAGCAACUCAAGAGGCAAAGAAGGCCAAGGAGCUCGAUCCACGGAGCGACAAGGCCGAUAGUCUACUGCAUAAAAUCGAGAAUAUCCGUCGUAACGGGAAACGAAAGGAUUAUUAUAGAAUUCUCGGCGUUCCGAAGACAGCCUCUGCACAGGAGAUUCGCCGCGUAUACCGUAAACUCGCCAAGGAGUAUCACCCAGACCAGCUCCGCUCGAAGGAUCUAUCGGAUGAGGAGCGCUCCGUGAUGGAUAAGCGCUUCCGCGACAUGAACGAGGCGAAGGAAGUUCUACUGGACGAAGAGAAGCGUGCCCGCUACGACGCCGGUGAGGAUGUGAUGCGUCCGCAAGGCCAGGGCGGGGGUGGGCAACCUUUCUACGGGCAGCGCUUCCAUUUCUCCACUAACGGCUUCCCUGAGGAGUUUGCGAAACAUUUCUUUCACCAGCAAGGCGGCGGCGGCGGUGGUCAGACCUUCUUUCACUUUAGGUAG